GGAGGGGGGAGAGUAGUACCAUUCUUCAUUAAUUUAUGGGUAUUCUGUGGUGUGGACUUUGAUCACCUAUCACGUGAUGAUUGCGACGAUAACAAACAAAACUUUGCUGUGCUUUCCAUCCAUCGCACCAAAAACUGGCGAAGGCGGGACUCGAACAUCUUUACACCCUUUUCCUGCCGAAUUCCACUUCUUAGAUGUAUAUUAGAGAGUGUGGAAGGACGAAGGAAUAAGCCAGUGUCUUUGUAUUUGGCAUAUAGCAGAAUGACAGAGGAACCACAAUGUCAAGCCAUGUCUGAACCAGACUGGGCCAAGCCCAGAGACCCAAACUCUCCACGUAAAGAAAAAGCAAAGUCUGUAAUUGAGUCAUUGAAGAAGACUGCUUUUGUCCUCGGUACUGCACUAAUUUGCUUUGCUGCAGCAAGAAAUUCAAUUACAUGGCAUGUGGAGCGAUUCUGGGGUGCAUCGGGUGACUUCUGGCAGACCCGCUGGCGCUGGAUACUAGACCUCUUUGGCCAUAAUGAUGUUGCUGUUAUUGUUUUAGGCACAACCUUGGAGACUUUCUUUGUGUUUUGGUUUGUGAAUGCCUUCUUCCUGUUUAUUGACAUCACUGGACGGCCAAAGUGGGCAUUGAAGUACAAGAUCCAAGAUGGCCAGAACAUGCCGGUGGACAAAAAGAAGCUUAUCAGAGCCAUCAAGGUGGUCCUGUUCAACCAGCUUGUGGUCGGAGUGGGUUUGACUGCCGCCCUGAUACCAGUGUACCGGUGGCGUGGGUGUUCUAUUGAUGAGAAUCUACCUUCUUUCCACUGGGUGUUGUUUGAGAUUGCAUGUUUUACCCUGGUUGAAGAGUUUGGCUUUUACUACUCACACAGGCUGGCCCAUCACCCCAAAAUCUACAAGUACAUUCACAAGCAACACCAUGAGUGGACCGCGCCCAUUGGCAUAGUGUCCAUCUAUGCCCACCCCCUUGAGCACCUUGUGUCUAACUUGUGUCCCAUUGUGCUUGGCCCUCUGCUGAUGGGGUCCCAUAUUGCCACCGCCUGGUUAUGGUUUUCUAUCGCCCUGACAACCACAAACAUUUCUCACAGCGGAUAUCACUUCCCGUUCCUUCCCUCACCUGAGGCCCAUGACUUCCAUCAUUUGAAGUUCAACCAAAACUAUGGCGUUCUUGGCGUGCUAGAUCGCCUGCAUGGUACGGAUAUCCAGUUCCGUAACUCCGUGGCGUACGACCGCCACAUCAUGAUGAUUGGGCUGACCCCCCUGACGGAGGCUUUUCCAGACAGACCUAAAAAGGGCUGUAGCCCCAAGAAGGGAUGUAGCGAUAAGAUCGAGUGAAAUGUAAUAGCAUUUAUUGUUGGUUAUGAGUCGCAGCUAUCAGAAAUAAAAAGGUAAAACAAAGGAUAAAUAUGUGAUAGAUAGCAGUAAAGUAUUUAUUAUUGAUUUUCUAUAAUAUUUUAAGCUUUUUAAAACAUCAAUUAUGCAAUAGACUGUGCCUAUUGAUUCGUGUGAAUUGAACCUGCUAAUAUUUAAUAAAUUAAUCUAAAAAAAAAUAAAAUCGUAGCCGAAAUGUAUUGCAUAGAAAGCUUACCCCCCCCCCCCCCUAAAAAUGAUAUUAACCCGCCCCUUAUGCGGGGUUUUCAUUAGCGAUGAAAAAAAGACGGUGAAGGAAAAGGAGAGUAAGACCUUACGUUCUUGUAAAAAUCUAAAAAUUUCACUUCUUCACAUGUGUAAGCAUUUCAUAUUUCUGUCGCAGGGCGCCACCGCCCUGUCCUACCCCCUUUCCUCCCGUCGUUAACAGAACAAAGCGCAAGCUGUUUCCCCGUCCCGCACCACCCCGACAAAGACAGAAUUAUUUAUUCUACACCUUUAUUCUGACGACUGCUAUUUGGACAGUGAGGUCCCUUUGGUAUAUUUAUAUACAAGAGAUAAAUUGCUUAGGUUAGGAUUAUUAUUUGCAUUCGAAGUGUAAACAGAUAGAACCUGCUAUUUCUGCAUUUUCUACACUCUACAAGUGAUACAAGGGAAAAAACUCUUCAAGAUUUAGCCUAAGUUCAAACGUCGUAUCAUCCAUGAGCCAUAUUCAAUGCAAACUAAUCGAGUCCAUUGUUUCAUCUUCAAUUGCAUGCAUUUGAAUUGAAUACGGCUCAUAGAUAAUACGACGUUUGAACUCAGCCGAAGAGACUUGUUAAGACAUAGUAGACCUUAACACUCAAUUGUACACACACAUUGAUUCACUAAAUUCAUAUGAUAGAAAAAUAAAAUUGCUUUUUGAAUGUCUGAAAUAAACUCUUUAAAGGAA